AUGGCGGCCAAAAUGGGAUCCGCACAACUCGGCUCUCUCGCCCGCCUCCCACCAGAGCUCCGGCUAUCUGUCUACGAAAAUGCUGUGUCUAGCGGCACUGCGCCAGCCCUCAUGCGCGCAAGCCGGGCCAUCUACAACGAAAUCAAACCUCGAAUCUACGACACGAUCGAUAUCCAUGUUUACCCAGUCCUGGGCGAUCCCUUUAUCCGAGUUUCCUUCCGCCGUCUAGCAAACGCCAGCUGGUACUUCAUGGAGGAAAGCGACUGCUUCCGAGGCCGCGGUGGACUACACGAUAUCCCAUACAACAGUUUUAAGAACACCCGCGUGAACAUCUACGCCCGGGACCAGAAGAGCCUCGGCCAACUCGCAUACCUGUGGGUGAAGAUCGAAGACUUUGUAGGGAUCUUGUGGACUCAGCGAACCCUCAAAAACACGAGGCUCGAAUUAAACUUGUGCCCCUAUAAAGGGCAUGUUUGGACUACUCCCCAACAACAAAAUCUCGAAGAGCUUAGGGCUAGUUACCUCCGCAACCCCCUCCCACCGUCUAAGACUCGUCCUAACCCCUUCUUGAUCGUCCCGUCGCCACGCUGGGACACGGACUUCUUCUGGAUCCCCUUCACUCGGCUCUACAAGAGACCUAACUGCCAAAAGCAGCUCUCCGAUGGCACAGCCCACAACCUCAAAGAACUCAUAUGGUCUAUUCAGGCCUUCUUAGGGAGCGCGGCAGAUGUAGUUCAGGAAAGAGAGGCGGAAUGGCUUCGGUCUCGGGUACUUACGUGGAGGACUUUGAAGUAUGUUCAGUGUGGGGGUCCACUACCCCCGUCUUUAACGGUUCCGAUGAUGAAUGCAGAGUCGGAGCCUGAGUGUUUGGCCAUGUAUCUACCUCCUGUGUUGAAGCUCCUUUUGGGUCCGAAGAGCGUUGGAAAGGGUAGAUGUUGA